UCAAAGCUUACCGGCAACAAGCGUGGCACUCCCAAAUAAGAGAUGGAAGCCAGAAUACGACAAUUUCCUUAUUCCAUUGCUUGUGGACCAAGGGAUGAAAGGCUUCAAAUGUGACAAGUCUUUUAAACGAGCUGCAUUUGCUUUCACUGCAGUGGCUGUCAAUACUAGAUUCAAAACAGAUUUCAGCCCCAAAAAUGUGGAGAAACCACUAUAGAACAAUUAAGGCACGCUAUGCAUGAAAUUAAAAAGGCAAAAGAACUCAGCGGGGCUAGUUGGGAUGAUGCAACAAAAACAAUUAUACUUGAUCCAAUUGUCGCACUGACGUACAUUGAGGCACACCCAGCUGCAAGGCUUUUCAUUAAUAAGCCAAUAGAGAACUACGAGGUCCUCAAGAUAAUAUGUGGGGAAGACAGUGCGACGGGGUCCUAUGUGACUUCUCUAUUCUCAGAAUUUGGGGAGAGAUCUAAAAAUGAGGUUAACAACAAUGACGACAAUGUUGAGUCAGCCCAAGCUGUGAAUAUUAGUGAUGAUGAUGGUGACAUCAAUCCUACUCCUCCAAUUGUUAGCAGCCCAGCGACGUCGUCAACUCAGAGGUCCCAAUGAUCAAGCAAAGUGCCCAAAAAUCCUUCGAUGAUGGGUGAUCUCAUAGUCGUUGUAGGUGAAAUAGCAACUGCAAUAAAAAACCCAACACAUUGGACAGAGAUCUCCUUCUUCUCCAAGAGAAAAAUUAAAAGGAAUGAAAGGAAAAGCAUGGCUUUAAAAGACAAGAAUGACCUUGAAAAGACAAGUAUGGCCUCUCAUUUAAGCCCUUGCAGCCACUUCCGAAAGCUCCUACACACAAAAUGUACGCAAGAAAACAAGUUGAAACAAGAUGGAGUAGUAAAAAAGGAGUCGAAAUACCACAUUAUAUCUCGAGUAGGGCCCACAAAUGUUAGAAUCACUUCAUCACCUCUUGAAGCAAAUCAAAAAUUUACACCAUUAGAUGGCAAGCCUUUAGAAAAUCCCACUCUUUAUCGACAAUUGGUUGGAAGCCUUAUUUACCUCACAGUGACUCACCCUGAUAUAGCUUAUGCAGUACAUAUAGUCAGUCAAUUCAUGUAUGUUCCUUGGACU